GACAUUUUUUCAUAGAAUAAUCAGAUUGAUGCUCCUUUUGAAGUGUCCUGGGAUAGCCAACGCUUUUCUACAAACAGCUAUGAGAAAAACGGCCUUGUUUGGAUGUAUGGUGAAGUGGAUCUUAUGGAACUUCUUCCUCCUGUGCUGGACAUUUGUUGACGCACAGGGUGGAUCUGAGGAGAGCCUGACAGCAGAGGAGCAGAUGUACAUUCUUUAUGAUAUUAAACUCCAGUGCCACCAGAACCUCUCCACCCACGACCCUGCAGAUGACCUCUGCCGCCCUGGUUGGGACGGCCUCAUCUGCUGGCCUCAGGGUUACCCAGGAGCUGUCACCAAGGUCCCCUGCCCCAGCUACAUCUUCGACUUCAACCACAAAGGUCAUGCCUACAGGAAGUGUGACAUCAAUGGGUCAUGGGUGUUUGUGGAGAGCCUGAACAGGACGUGGCCUAACUACUCAGAGUGUCUGGGCCCUGGGUUCAUGAAGCCAAGCAACGAGAGGGGAAAACAGGACUUCUUUGAGCGGCUGUAUGUCAUGUACACCGUAGGCUACGCUGUGUCCUUCAGCUCUCUACUAGUGGCUAUCUUCAUCAUCGGAUACUUCAGGCGUCUCCACUGUACCAGGAACUACAUCCACAUCCACCUGUUUGUCUCCUUCAUGCUCCGAGCCAUCAGCAUCUUCGUCAAGGACCGGGUGGUGCAUACCAGCGCCGGCCAGCAGGAGUUUGAUGCCGUGCUCAUGGACAACUUCAAGAUUGUGGCCAUGGCGCCGCUGGAUAACUCUCAGUAUAUUGGGUGUAAGGUGACGGUGUUGCUGUUCAUCUACUUCCUGGCGACUAACUACUACUGGAUCCUGGUAGAGGGCCUGUACCUCCACAGCCUCAUCUUCAUGGCCUUCCUCUCUGACACCAAGUACCUGUGGGGCUUCACCCUCAUCGGAUGGGGUGUUCCAGCUCUGUUCGUGUCAGCAUGGGCAGUUGUCCGGGCAACGCUAGCAGACGGAAGGUGCUGGGAGUUAAGUGCUGGGAACAUUAAGUGGAUAUACCAGGUCCCCAUUCUGACAGCCAUCGGGCUGAACUUUAUCCUUUUUGUGAACAUUGUGCGAGUGCUGGCGACAAAGAUCAGGGAGACCAACGCAGGGAGAUACGACACAAGAAAACAGUACAGGAAGUUGGCUAAGUCCACCCUGGUGCUGGUACUGGUGUUUGGGGUCCACUACAUUGUGUUUGUGGGGAUGCCUCACACCUUCCAGGGCCUUGGCUGGGAGGUCAGGAUGUACUUCGAGCUCUUCUUCAACUCCUUCCAGGGCUUCUUCGUAUCCAUCAUCUACUGCUACUGCAAUGGAGAGGUCCAAACCGAGAUCAAAAAGACAUGGACUCGUUGGAACCUGGCGUUGGACUGGAAGGGUCCGGUAGUGUGUGGCCGCUAUCGUUACGGCUCAGUGCUCACCGGGCUCAACAACAGCACCAGCAGCCAGUUCCAGCUGGCUGGGGGCGGCCCCGCCAUCCGAUCAACCACCCUCUUCUCCAGCCGGGUCUACCGGAGCAACGGACCCCCGACGCUGUCCACCCACGCCACCCUGCCUGGCUACGUCAUCAGUAACUCAGACCCAGACAGCCUCCACCCCUCCAUCCCAGAGGAACCAGAGGAGGACAGUGCCAAGCAGGUGGAUGACAUAUCUCUGAAGGAGACGAUGCCUGUCCUCAAUAAUAGUACGACCGCAGAUGAUGAUGAGGAGACGUUGUAGACAUGGGGAGAGACGGGAGUUUUUCCUGAAUGUGACUCAGCUGGGAAAAACACCAGGCCUUUGGGAUAGAGACGAAAGUCUACUGGCCCCUAGACAUUGGACCGCAUGUACUUUCAUACAGAUUAUUGGCACAGGUAGAUACAUACAUGUAAAGACUCUCUCACACACACACAAACACCACAUAAAAAAUUGACAAAUGAGAAAAGAUACGUCUCAUCUUUGUACAUACUCACGGACUGCCUUUUUGUAGCCAAUUGAUUGACAUUUUCUAGCAAAAAAAGCAUUGCUUUGUCUAUAAAGAAACUCGGGCCAAGGAUCCAUGUUUUCUGCCAAACUCUCCCCAGCCGUUGACAAUCAGACAUCCCAUCCUUUAGGGGAGGGCUAAAGUCAGUCCUAAGGGCUAUAGGAGCUGGACUGCAUCAUGUGUCGGUCUGUGCAAAGCACGUAUAAAAAAAAAAAUCCAAAAUGAUAUGUGACUGACUGACAGAUGUCUAAAUACCAACAGUAUUGUGUUUGCCCCGUUAAGCUGAGGUUUAUCCAGUCUAGAAAAAUACCUUUUAAAAAAAAUGCUCAUUUCUGUCAGUGACUGGCUUGUUGUUGGCUUGAAAAGAGAUUACAGUCACGUCUCAGUGAUAUUUG